AUGAAACGUAUUAUUAAAAUUUUUGCAUCUAUUCUUUUUAUUAUUACUGUUUUAACUGUUUAUCUAACAUUUGAUUUUGCAAUAAAUAAUGCUUUGUCAUAUAAAUAUUCAACUGAUAAAUAUGAACAUUUACAUAAUGAUAUAAAAUUAAAAAAGAUAUCUACUUUAUCAUUAUUAAAAAUAACAAGAACUAAUCAAACAUUAAAACAUAAUAAUGAUAAACAAUCUAAUCAUAUUAUUAAUCCAGAACGUCGUAUACGCAGUCUUAAAGAUAAACAACAACAAAAACCACAUCUUGUUAAACCGGCUAAAUUUCAUAAAAGUAAAACUGGUAUUAAAAUUAAUCAAAUAAAAAAACCUUUUAAAGAACAACGGAAACAUUUAUUAACGACAAAAAUUAUUCAACAUAAAGAUAUUAAAUCUAAAACUAAUAACAAUCAUUUGUAA